AUGGCAUAUGACGUCCCGUCGCAAGAGUUCUUAACAAAGGAUUGUGUCACUGUAGCUGCCGAUGCGGUUGUAUAUUACAGAACCAGGGACCCCAUCGCAUGUCUUUCGGAGGUGUGUGACGCUCAUUAUUCAACGAGACAAUUAGCACAAGCGACUCUGCGUAAUACCAUCGGCACACGGACACUGGCUCAGAUUAUGGCAGAUCAAGAUGGAAUUGCUUCACAAGUGGGACAAAUUCUCGAUAGGGCAACAGCUGUUUGGGGAAUUCGCGUCGAAAAGGUUGUUAUCAAAGAUAUCCGUUUUCCGAGAGAACUGUGUCGAGCCAUGGUUGCCGAAGCCGAAGCAGUUAGAGCAGCUAAAGCAAAAAUGAUUUUUGCUCUCGGAGAACUCAGUGUAUGUGAUUUGUUUGAUUCUGUGUUUUGUUACCAGGCAACUAUAACUAAUUUCCAAAGCUGA